AUGUCUUUAUUUAUAAAUGGAAAAUAGAAAUAAAUAAGCUUGCUGAUCUAUACUAGCUUACUUUUAUUUUAAUUUUAGUAAAUCUCUAUGAAGCACUAUGUAACACUUAAUAAUUUAAAAAAUACACUUUUCCUCAUUCAAAGUAUGAUCAAAUAAAGUGCAUCAACGGAAAUGAAAAAUUCUGUAACUCGCUAUUCUAAUUGUGAUUUUUUUCACUUUUUAAGCAAGCAAACUUCUUUAAUAGAGUCCAAAAAGACAAUGAAUUAAAUUUAUUAAUUUAACUCGCAUUAUUAUAUAAUUAUGUUUUAUAAAAUUUUUUUUUACUUAUUCAUCUUACUGACUUAAUUAUUAAAUUUUAUUAUGUAUUGA